UAUCCCUACCAUCUCUCCUAAACCCAAUGAAACAUUUCCUGAUGAUCUUGGAAUUGGGCCACACAAGUUCAAUUUUACCGCUACGGAUCCGUCAGGGAAUUAUGAUAAUUGUACGUUUACUAUCCAAGUUCACCUAACAUUUGACGGAACAGAAGUCUCCGACGUUGCUUUAUCUUCUGACCCAGAUAGUGUCACAUUAUCGGCUUCAGUUGACGCAGACGGAAAAAACGGACCAUUCAAAGUCUCUGCAAAUCAAACUGUUCUUGAUGAAUCCAUAUCUCUGCAAACUUCUGGAGAAGAAUUAAGUAGUGCUUCUGAUAUUGUGAGCAUGGAUAUUUAUGACAAAAACAAUGAAAUAAUACAAGUUAAAAGUAUUGAAAUUAACUUUCCUGUAAUUAAGGUAAAUAGUACAGAAAAUGGUAAAAGUGCGAGUCUUUCCCCGGUACCGGUAUGUUACUAUACACAAGAUGAAAAUGUCAUAUCAGCUAAAUGGUCAAUGAAGGGCUGUAAAACUGUCUAUGAAAACUAUGUCAAGAACGGCGUGACGUGUGUAUGUGAUCAUCUGACAUCGUUUGUCAUUUUGAUGAAACCGAAGCCGGUACCGACAAACGAGAACGACAUUUUGUCUUUGCUUACAACAGUUGGGUUAUCAAUUUCAAGUUUGUUUCUCAUAAUUACUCUCGUCAUUAUCUGUAUUUUCAGAGAUUUAAGAAAUUCUGAGAGAUAUAAAAUCAUGCGCCACUUGGUCAUCGCUUUACUUUGUGUCAAUUGCUUCUUUUUGUUACUCGAAGUUGAUGCAAAAGAAUCGAUCCCAUGCAAUGUCCUUGCAGCUUUUCUGCACUACAGUCUUUUGGCAGCUUUCUCCUGGAUGUUGAUUAUAUCAACGGAUUUAUUCAUGAAGAUCAAACGUCCGUUUGCUGAUCAUUCAAAGCGCUUCACUUACUGUCGGUUCAUAGGAUGGAUUGGACCUGUCAUUGUUGUUGCAGUGACUGCUGGUAUAACAAGAGAAAACUACGCAUCUGAUAAGUGCUGGUUAGAUACUGAAUCUGGUACCAUUUGGAGUUUCAUUCUGAUAGUCUGCCUCACCAAUCUGAUUAUCAUCGUACAGUUGUGUGUUAUUGGCUACGUAACGUUCGAGAAAUCUAAAAUACCGGACCAAUCUAAAGAAGAAAUACAAAGGUUCAUUAGAAUCAGGAAUAUGUUUCAUGGUAUAUUGCUCCUUGCCCCAGCCGUGGGACUUCCAUGGAUUUUUGGUGUCAUCAUCGUUUUUUGUGAUUGGAAAGUGGUGGAAUACAUCUAUGUUGUCUUGAAUUCCAUGCAAGGAUUCUUCGUGUGGCUCUCGCAGUGCGCCUUCAGCAAAGAGGUGCGGCAGACAAUCAAAAAAAGGUUUAACAACCGGGUAAAGCACCAUAGUAGCGUCGCUACUGUAAGCAGUGUGACUUAUAAAAGAAACCGUGUAAUUAUCGAAGACAUGUAAUCACUGAAGACAUCUAUGACAUGUAACUAUUUACACAUCAGGAUUAGGAUAUAAAUCAAUACGUUACUAAUGACCUUUACACCUAGUUAAACUACAUUGUUAAAAUAAAGUGUUAAUGAUUCACGCACUUCUAAUCAUUGGACAAUAAUGCAUUCUGUAUCUUCAGCACUGUACUAAUUAUUAUACUCUAGUGAAAUAUUGUAUUUUAGUUACGUGUGCAUUAUUUACGUUACUCCUAUAAUUACGUACCGUAAAUUGCGACGGGGUGGUGCCGGGGAAUGCCGGCGUCCAUUGCCACUUGUCAGAAAGUUCAUGUGUUUCAAACGUUAAGGCUUAUUCAAUUACUUUUAGAGUUUACUAAUAAUUUUAAAAAUCCAUAUAUAUUGGUAUUAACAAUCUUAGACGAAAAAGCGAUGCAGGGAACUAUAAAUUUUAUCAUUUUAAUACAUGAUAAUCUUUGGUUAUCGUAACCCUUUUGAUUGUUUCUAGGUGCCCGU